CAUGGCUGGUCAGGACAGAUGGCGGAUCCACAGCGAACAUCUGAACCCAUCAACUUUGUGCAUCAGGAUGAAAUCUGGAAAGCACAUGUAAAACUUGAGAAGGCUUCAGCUGAUGCUUGGCCCAGCAAAUGGGGCUUCCUAACAGAGGCCUCCAAGGAGUACAAGAUGGAGAGUGAGAAGCUGAAGAAGGCAGUAAAAGUGGAGCUUCCUCCUCACCUGGCUGCACGACCUCCAACCCCUGCAGAAAAAUGCAUUCAAGUACUAUUAACCAACCUGUUUAACUAUCUAUCUAUCUAUCUAUCUAAUGAACUUUCUCAUAGUCAUCUCAUCUUUCUCCAGGUUGGACCCUCUCCUCCUGUUCCUCAAACAACUCAGGGUUUGAUCGGUUGGCGUUCAGCUCACGCACACCUUCAGCUGGAAAAGCCAAACACAAUGCAACAUGGGAGACGUAGUUUGCUGAGAGAGCUGGGCUGGCCUCUGGAAGCCUGCUGCUGAGUGGAAGUCCUGGUACCCUGCUGACUCACCAGCAGUUCACUGACUCAGUAUUGCACAUGGAUUAAAUUAGAUAGCAGUAUGAAUUACAUGUGUUGUGACUUCUUUGAUUUCUUAAUAAAAUCAACAAAUAUCUCUCAAAACUUUAACUCAAACCAGAUGUUGUAGAUGUGAAGUCACAGGUGAUCCUACUUGUGCUUUUUCUAAUUCUGGCCUCCUAGAAAUAAAUAUUGUGUGGUUUCCUUGUCCUCUAUUACAGCAAUCUGAAUAUUUUUGAGUUGUGUGAGUAAAUAGAAGUUCCAUUUUAUGAAAUAACUGUAAAGUUAAAUUGACUCCUCUGUAAAACAUGUUCAAACCUAAAA